AUGGUGUCGGACCGGCCCUUCCGGGGGCCUGAGGCUGACGUAAUCGAGGAGAUGGACUUCACGGGCCUGGGACUUCUGGAUGACCUGGUCGAUGCCAUGGAGGAGUUUGGGUUCGACAGCCCUAGCAAGAUCCAAAGGAAAGCCAUCCCGCAGAUCUUGAACGGCGGGAACAUCGUCUUCGCAGCUUCCACCGGCUCGGGCAAGACCUUGGCCUACCUGAUGCCCCUCAUCCAGCAGCUGAAGGUGGAGGAGGCGCAAGCGGAGGAGGGCGGCGAGUCGAUUCGCCAGACCAAGCGGCCGAGAGCCAUCGUGCUUGUCCCGACGAGGGAGCUGGCCAUGCAGGUGCUGGAGGUGGCGAAGCGGCUGUCCCGCUCUUGCAAGUUCUCGUCGUGCGGGGUGGUCGGGGGGGAGGACUACGGCAAGCAGAGGCAGAGGCUCGCCGGCACCGUUGACAUCGUCGUCGGCACUCCAGGUCGUCUGCUGAAGCACCACGAGGCUGGAAACUUUUUCAUGAGCAAGGCGAACUACGUGGUCGUGGACGAGGUGGACACGAUGCUCACGCAGGGCUUCGCAGCGGACAUCGAGAAGCUCAACCGCCCCUUGCUCGCGAACCCCAACCGCCGAGACAUGGCACAAUUCAUCUUCGUGACGGCGACGCUGACCAAGGCUGUCCGGAAGCUCCUUGGGGAAGAUGGAGACUACUCCAAGGUUCGGCAAGUAGAAACGAGGGACGUCCACCACACCCUCCCCAGCUUGAGACACGUGAUGAUCGACAUCAAGGGCAGGGACAAGAUGUCGGCUCUCAUCGACAUCGCCCAGCAGCACCUCAAAGACUUCAAGCGAACGCUGGUGUUCUGCAACACGGUCAAGAGCUGCCGCGCGGCGGAGUUCGGUCUAAGGGAAGUAGACGUCAAGGCCUUGUCCUACCACGGGGAGGUGCCCAGCGACGAACGGUCUUCCAACCUCGAGAGGUUCAAGGCCGGCCAAGCCAAGUAUUUGGUCUGCACGGAUAUCGCUUCGAGAGGGCUGGACAUGCCAGACGUGGACCACGUUGUCAUGUUCGACUUUCCGCUGAACCCUAUCGACUACUUGCAUCGCUCUGGGCGUACGGCACGUAUGGGGGCCAAGGGACGCGUGACCUCGCUGCUGGCCAAGAGGGAUCUCGUCCUGGCCGCAGCGAUUGAGCAGGCCGUGCAGUCGGGGCUACCGCUAGACGAGCUGUCGUCGAGAAGGACGGACUACGCCACGGGAGGGAAGCUGGGACCACUGUUCGGUCGCAAGGGCAAGGUCUCCGUUAAAGGAAGCCAUCACAGUCUCAAGCCAUCUCCUUCAUCGUCGUCGCCUCUGCUGGUUGUUAUUGUUCUGAAUUUCAACCACCCCCCUCGUGGCUACAUUCACCCUGGCGCGCCCCCCUGUAAAGGCGGUCAUGAACACCCGCGCAAGAGGCCAGGUCAACGAGAGAGGUGA